GCAACACUGGCAAUGUCAAUCAAUUAAAACUACAUCAAGUUUUAAAAUUCUCCAUAGUCUGCAAUUAUCAUUUAUAAAUCAUUACACUAGUAGAAAGACUUAAAAUAUUCUUUCAGAAUUCACAGUGCAAAACUAGACGAAGUGAUUAUAUAUAUAAACGCAUUUAAACAAAACAACAAAUUUGGAAAGAAAAAAUAUUGAACUUACAAACAAAAACAGAAACUAGGAGAAAACAGGGUAGGUGUAGUAGAACAAAAAGUUUAGAAAAUGCGACCAAAGAACUUACCUAAAUAUAUAGAAAUAUAUAAUUUACCGUUUCACGACGAUGAAAACGUAGACGAAUUGGUGCAAAAAGUGGCAGAGAAAUUAAAUCUACAAACAGAUGGCAUAAAAAACUCGCGUCGCCUUAAAGGCAGAGAAGACCGGGUUGGAAAUAUAGAAGUGGUGCUAAAUGGGAAAAAUAUUCAAGAGCAAUGGAUUGCAAUGGCUAAAAACACCUCGAUCACUGUUACAGAUAUUAUGCCAGAAGAAAAUAAUAAAAAGGUGGUGUAUGUUAGGGAAAAAAUGUCCUUACUGAAUAAGGCAAUUUUAUGGCAUGCAAAACAAGAAUUAAAAAUUAAACAUAACUAUAAGUACGUGUGGUUUAAAAAAGGCGUUGUCAAGGCUUGCAAAGAGGACAAUGGAAAAGUCUAUUAUCUGAAGACACUGGAGGAUGUAUAUAGAUUGUCACAAAAAACCACUGUGUAGCUACUUACUCAGUAUUUAUAACCUAUUCAGUAUUUUGUAUUUCAUUAAUUGUAAGUACACCAAAUUACAUUGUGUGAUGAAAUUCACAAACUUAUAAUAAAUCACUUCUUAGAAUAUAUAGAUAUAUAUUAAAUAAGCCUUCUAUGCAUGUGUUCAAUAUUAGUAAAUAAGGAAAUGAGUAUUUCUUAUAUAAUAAAAGUGUUUAAGUAAGGAUUAAUAAAUAAGGAUAGAUUGAUUCUAUAACUCAAUAUUGUUCACUAUUUCAUUGCAUUUAUAUUUUUUCUUAUGACUAGUGUAGUUUUGGAAUGUAAAUAUCUGCUGAGAAGAAGCUACAAGAAACUCAGCAGUUACUUUUGUUUUUUUAAAUUAAUAUGUUACAUAUUGUUUAUACUAUAUGUUAAUUUAGAAUUUAAUAAACUAUAUUAUAGAAAUAUAUAUUACCUUAUAGUUUGAUCACCGAGACUGCUAGAAUAACAACAAUUAUGAGACUCGAACGCAAGACUGAUUUAAGACUGUUAUUUAAAUAUUACACUUAGAUUAAUUUAAAUUAAAUAUAAAUUAUUAAAGUAUUACAUUAUCUCACAGAAUAGUUAAUACUACCUACAUAUAUAUUUUUCUACUAACCUUGUUUUAAAUAACUUUCAAAUCACUUGUUUUAUAUUUUAAUGAAAUCAGAAUAUCAACAGAAUGUUGAUAACACAUAUAAUAUGUUGAUAUCACAUUUGUUAUAAAAUAUGUGAUAUUUCAUGACAUCAUUUCAUUAAAUUAAAAAUAAAGCCUUAUAUUGAUACCAUCAUGUCAAUAUAUGUACUUUUAUAUACCCAUCCUAUUAUAUUAUUGAAUUUGGGCAUUUUUGGUUAUGUUUUUUUUGGCAUUUUUGGUUAUGUUUUUUGGGCAUUUUUGGUUAUAUUUUUUCAUAUAUUGUAUUUUAUUAACAGUGCAUUUACAUUUUGUUUAAUGUAUAGUUUAUGAUAAAUUUGCAUUUGCUGAUCUAAAAUGUCAUUGAUUUUGGCAAAAAGAUGGUGACAUUCAUCAUUUUUAAUUUUAUAGAUAGGGUAUUCAAGUUUUGUCAACUUGUAAUCACAUUUCGACCGACUUCAUUAAGAGAAAAAAACAAGAAUUUUCCCAUACUGGUACUUGGCGUGAAUUUACUGGGUACAAAGGAAUAACACCUGAGUCCUCAGGAAUGGCAACACAUGGGAGGUAUCAUGGGCAAAACAGUAUACUCUGUUAUUUCCAUGGUACUGCUCAUGUCUAUAGACGACGGUUACCACUUUCCAUCAGGUGGGCCGUCAGCUUGUUUGCCAUUAUAA